CGCGUCGCGUCUCUUUUGCCACUCGCAAUGUGGCCGCCGGAUGUCGCUCUCCUGGUGACGCACUGACAGUGACCGGCAGCGUGAAGAUGGCGGAGGGAGAGCGGGCGGCGGAUACCGAAGGCGGUGGCGGCGGCUCCGAGAACACCAGGGACAGGACUGCAGAGGAGUUAAAAGAAGAAGCCAACGAGUACUUCCGGGUGAAGGAUUAUGACCGUGCUGUACAGUAUUACACCCAGGCCAUCGCCCUCAGCCCCGACACGGCCAUCUACUACGGCAACCGCAGUUUGGCGUAUCUCCGCACCGAAUGUUACGGCUAUGCCUUGGCCGACGCAUCCCGAGCCAUCCAGCUGGACUCCAAAUACAUCAAGGGCUAUUACCGGAGGGCGGCCAGCAAUAUGGCGCUGGGGAAGCUCAAAGCUGCGCUGAAAGACUACGAAACGGUAGUUAAAGUUCGCCCCCACGACAAAGACGCCCAGAUGAAGUUUCAGGAGUGCGGCAAGUUGGUCCGACAGAAAGCAUUUGAGCGGGCGAUCGCGUGUGAGCAGCACAACCGCUCGGUAGUCGACUCCUUGGACAUCGAAGGAAUGACUAUCGAAGAUGAGUAUACAGGCCCGCAGCUACAGGAUGGGAAGGUCACCUUGGAUUUUAUGUCAGAAUUAAUGAAGUAUUAUAAAGAUCAGAAGAAGCUCCAUCGGAAGUGUGUGUACCAGAUCCUGGUUCAAGUGAAAGAGAUUUUGUCUAAACUUCCCAGUCUGGUUGAGAUUUCUGUAGAAAAGUCUGAAAAGGUAACCGUCUGCGGUGAUACGCACGGUCAGUUCUACGAUCUAAUGAACAUAUUCCAUCUCAAUGGUCUCCCGUCUGAGAGUAAUCCAUAUAUAUUUAACGGUGACUUCGUCGAUCGCGGCUCCUUCUCGGUAGAAGUUAUUGUGACUUUAUGCGGCUUCAAACUUCUUUACCCGGCUCAUUUCCACCUGCUGCGAGGAAACCACGAGACGGACACCAUGAACCAGAUGUACGGCUUUGAGGGCGAGGUGAAGGCCAAAUACUCAACCCAGAUGUUCCAGCUGUUUAGUGAGGUGUUCCAAUGGCUGCCGUUGGCAAUGUGCGUCAAUCACCGCGUGCUGAUUAUGCACGGCGGGCUGUUCUCAGAGGACGGGGUGACUUUGGAUCAAAUUCGUAGUAUUGAAAGGAACCGUCAGCCUCCAGACUCAGGUCCCAUGUGCGAUUUAUUGUGGUCGGAUCCCCAGCCGCAGGACGGGAGGUCUACCAGUAAACGAGGCGUGAGCUGUCAGUUUGGCCCCGAUGUCACUCGAAAGUUCCUGGAGGAGAACGGCCUUGAUUAUAUCAUCCGCAGUCAUGAGGUGAAAGCGGAAGGGUAUGAGGUGGCUCAUAAUGGUCUGUGUGUGACUGUCUUCUCUGCCCCCAACUACUGUGAUCAGAUGGGUAACAAAGGUGCAUAUAUACAUCUCAGCGGCUCCGACCUGAAACCCAAAUUCCAUCAGUUUGAGGCAGUGCCGCACCCCAAUGUAAAGCCAAUGAUGUACGCCAACUCUCUGCUGCAGAUGGGGAUGAUGUAAGAGGGAGACGCUGCCAUCGCUGCUGCUGGUGCAGUUACCCCCCGGAGGGGUAGUUGGGGGGGUGGUGCUGGUUGCUGUCAGUGGUUUUCCCCAUUUCCUUCUGGAGUAGGAGAGGUUACAGAGAAACAAGAGGAAUAUUUUUAUUACUGUAAACGAGACACAUAUGAGGGGAAGGGUCCGGGAACAAUCUGCCACGUGUUAUCUGGGCGUGUGCGUGUUUCGCUGUCUGCGAGUGACGUGUGGCUGGGCGAGUGUCAGGAACACGUGUGUGGCCGAGUGUCAGUGUAUAUGUGUGAGGGAGCGUGUUGGCUAGAAACGCACAAUAAUCAUACGUCCCCUUUCCCUCCUAUAUAUCCUUACGUGUAUCCCCACCUUCCUGAAAACUUCUCAUGUAUACAUCCAUGCGCUGUCUGUAAUUUACAAGCUUCUAAUAAAGUCUCCAAUCAACCGCU